UUAACGCUUGGUGGCGUCUUUGGCCAUACUUUCCUCAACAACUUAAUUAUUGAUAGCAAAGAUGUUAGCAAUGGGAAGUGCAUUCGGCCUGUCACAGGUUUGAAGACCAUGUAUGUUGGUGACACAUCUAGUGUUAAUAUGCGAUGCCGUCCAGGAAACCAGUCCCCAAGUGCAACGGACAUUUGCCCAGUCAAGGCGGGUUCAGAAAUUGGCGUAGAAUGGCACCAUUCAUCCAAGACUCCUACCGACAGGAUUAUCUCCCAGUCCCACCGCGGACCUUGUCUUAUAUACAUGGCCCGUAUGGACCAGCCCAUUGACGGCGAUGUUUGGUUUAAGGUGUACGAGGAAGCAUAUGACGAGUCAACCAAGGAAUGGUGCACUGACAAAAUACGCAGAAACAAGGGCGUGCUAAAGUUUACUAUUCCGGCAGAUAUUGAAAGUGGUGACUAUCUGUUAAGAACUGAAAUCAUUGCUCUUCAUGGAGCCCAGAGAAGAGGUUACGCCCAGUUCUUCCCUAACUGCGCACAAGUAAGCGUUACUGACGGCGGCAGCGCCAAGCCCAAGGGCUACAAGAUUCCAGGAAUAUACACGGCUGAUGACCCCGGAAUCUUUGUCAAUUACCGCAAGGUUAAUGUAAACUACGUUAUACCUGGC